GGCUUGGGCAGGUGGAUAACAUUUGUUUGGCCGUUUUCAAAGAUAAAAAAUUGGUUAACGAACAAACUUGUCAAAACAUUGCCUAUAAGGAUUUUCUUUUUUUACAUAUAGCCUAAGGAAUUAUAAAGUAAAACGUAAAAUAAUAUGGAAGGAGAUGGCACGAAGGCUUAACUCUACGCCAAUAUAACUCUAAAAAUCAAACCACAAAACUUAACCGAAAACUGAAUAUGGGGCUAUAGGUCCCCGUCCUGCACCAAGACGUGUUUAAAUGCUCCAGACUGGUCUUGUAGUCUUGAAAGCUGCUGGACUUUGUUAGUUCAGACUGUCAAGUUCAGUAGGCAACUUCACGAAAGACUUCCUCAUUCUGUCUGAAGUUCAAGUGUGACACGAAGUAUCAUUACAGAAGUGACCAUUUGACACAAUAUCAACAUCAAAAUGCGAUUGCUCUGUCUGUUCCUGCUGGUGGCCGGUAGUUCCUGCUGGUGGUUCACUGAUGAGGACGACAAAAAGGAAAUUGUCAAGGAGGAAAGUUACAAGAAGGAAAGUAACAAGAAGGAAAUUAUUGGGACAGUGAUUGGAAUAGACCUCGGGACGACCUACUCAUGUGUUGGAGUGUUCAAGAACGGGCGUGUUGAGAUCAUCGCCAAUGACCAGGGAAACCGCAUCACUCCGUCAUACGUGGCCUUCACUACCGAAGGUGAGAGACUCAUCGGAGAUGCUGCGAAGAACCAGCUGACCUCUAACCCUGAGAACACUGUCUUUGACGCCAAGAGGUUGAUCGGCCGCACAUGGGGUGACUCGACCGUGCAGCAGGACAUUAAAUACUUUCCCUUUAAGGUUAUUGAGAAGAAGAACAAGCCUCACAUCAAGCUGGACAUCGGAUCAGGUCAGACGAAGACCUUCACCCCUGAGGAAAUCUCUGCUAUGAUUCUGACUAAAAUGAAGGAGACUGCAGAGGCUUACCUGGGAGAGAGGGUCAUACAUGCUGUGGUCACUGUGCCCGCUUAUUUCAAUGAUGCCCAGCGCCAGGCCACCAAAGAUGCAGGAACCAUUGCCGGUCUGAAUGUCAUGAGGAUCAUCAAUGAGCCAACCGCUGCUGCCAUUGCUUAUGGUCUGGACAAGAGUGACGGUGUGAAGAACAUUCUGGUGUUUGAUCUGGGUGGCGGAACCUUUGACGUUUCCCUGCUGACCAUCGAUAACGGCGUCUUCGAGGUGGUGGCCACCAAUGGAGACACUCACCUCGGUGGCGAAGACUUUGAUCAGCGUGUCAUUGAGUACUUCAUCAAGCUCUACAAUAAGAAGACCGGCAAGGACGUGCGCAAAGACAGCCGUGCAGUGCAGAAGCUGCGUCGUGAGGUGGAGAAGGCCAAGAGAGCACUGUCCACCCAGCAUCAGGCCUACAUCGAGAUUGAGUCCUUCUACAGGGGGGAAGACUUCUCAGAGAUGCUGACCCGUGCCAAGUUUGAGGAGCUCAACAUGGACUUGUUCCGCUCCACCAUGAAACCAGUGCAGAAGGUUCUUGAAGACGCUGACAUGAAGAAGUCUGACAUUGACGAGAUCGUCCUGGUUGGCGGCUCCACUCGUAUUCCUAAGAUCCAGGAGCUGGUGAAGGAGUUCUUUGACGGCAAAAAGCCGUCCAAAGGAAUCAACCCGGACGAGGCCGUGGCUUACGGAGCUGCCGUCCAGGCUGGAGUCCUGUCAGGAGAAGAGGAAACCGGCGACCUGGUGCUUCUGGACGUUUGCCCUUUGACCCUGGGCAUUGAGACGGUCGGAGGAGUGAUGACCAAACUAAUUCCCAGGAAUACCGGUGUGCCCAUUGACAAAUACAAAGUCUUCACCACCACUUCUGACAACCAGCCAACCGUGGCCAUCAAAGUUUAUGAAGGUGAGCGGUCGCUGACCAAGGAUAACAACCUCCUGGGCACCUUUGACUUGACUGGCAUCCCUCCAGCUCCCCGCGGUGUCCCCCAAAUUAAGGUCACCUUCGAGAUUGACGUCAACAGCAUCCUGCGUGUCACCGCAGAGGACAUGGGCAUGGGCAACAAGAACAAGAUCGCCAUCACCAACGACCGGAACCGGCUGACGCCCGAGGACAUUGAACGCAUGGUGAGAGAGGCAGAGCGCUUUGCUGAUGAGGACAAGAAGCUGAAGGAGCGCAUUGAUGCCCGCAAUGAGCUGGAGGGCUAUGCCUACUCCCUGAAGAACCAGAUCGGGGACAAAGAGAAGCUGGGUGGAAAACUGUCGUCUGACGACCAGGAGGCCAUCAAGAAGGCCAUCAAGGAGAAAAUCGAGUGGCUUGAGUCUCACCAGGAUGCAGAUCUUGAGGACUUCCAGGACAAGAAGAAGGAGCUGGAGGAAAUUAUGCAGCCCAUCAUAAGCAAGCUGUACGGCAGCGCGGGCGGCCCACCACUGGAGGAGGAAGACGAAAAGGAUGAGUUGUAGAUCAUCCAGACUCUGUUUUCAGUUGCAUGACGCCCUCAUUCUCUAGGUGUACAUUUUGAAAACACAGACAUUUUUGUACGAGACAGGCAAACGUAAAGCCUCAAAUCUCCUCAGAAAGACUUGGAGGGAAGCAUUAGAGAGUUGCGUUUGUUGUCUCUUCAUUCUAUUGGAGAUUUUGUCAGCCUGGUUUGUGGCUCGAUUAGGUGUGUAGGAAAAUUAUAUUAACAUAUGUAUCGCGAUUCUAACUUCUAAAUUGAUUGUCUAAAGUGAUACAUUUCUUUAACUUCACUGUACUAGUUAUUGGCAUGUUAGAGUUAUUGACGGUACUAUGAUGGACACACAGCCAAAGCUCAAGCACAAAAUCUGCCUCUAAGAUGCAUGUGAUCCUGAAUUAAAUUCUCUUUCACACUUUAUUGCACUUAUACUGUCAAAUUCACAGACAAUUAUGUCAAAUUGCACUCUGUGUGGAGUAUUCACAUAAACACAGUCUAUGUCAUGUCAUACGUGAACAUAAACAGUUAGAUGUGUUACAGUAUC